AUCGUUGAAAACCUUUCCCCCAAAAAAGAAUUCAUAACUUUUAUGGUUUAAUUUUUCAUUUGAUUUUUAAUUUUUCCUUUUUAUUGUCUUGAUUUUUCGAAAUGGAUCAAUUAGAUUCAUUUCGAGAUAACAGUUGGGACUUAAUUGAUAUAAACAGUUUUAUAGAUGAAGCACCUUCAGAUUUCUUUUGGAAUGAUCAAAUCCAGAACCAGAACCAGAGAGCUGUUGCAGAACUCGAGGCACCUCUCAGCAGUGCUACAUUUCAGGAGGAGUGUAUAGAAACAGAAUGCCCUCGGAAGAGAGGCCGGAAUGAGUCUUGCAGCAAACAAGGGAACAAAGCCUGCCGUGAGAGAUUAAGAAGGGAAAAAUUGAAUGAAAGGUUUUCAGAGCUAUGUUCUGUUCUGGAACCUGGGAGACCUGUAAAAACAGACAAAAUGGCCAUACUUGGUGAUGCCAUUCGUGUUCUAAACGAACUGAAGACUGAAUCUGAGGAAUACAAAGAGAUAAACCAAAAGCUUAUGGAAGAGAUCAAAACAUUGAAGGCAGAAAAGAACGAACUUCGUGAAGAGAAACUCGCACUGAAGGCAGACAAAGAGAGGAUGGAGCAAGAGUUGAAAGCUACGGCUACUCCAGCAAGUUUUAUUCCACCCCAUCCAGCAGCAUAUCAGCCGGCAGUUAAUAAGAUGGCAGUUUUCCCAAGUUAUGGUUAUGUCCCAAUGUGGCAGUAUCUACCGCCAUCUUCCCGAGACACAUCUCAAGAUCAUGCGCUCAGGCCUCCUGCUGCUUGAGAAUCUUGCAAGAUGAUGUAUGGCAUUUCCCCCUUCAUUCGUGUAAAUAUUGGUAACAUGUCAAUUUAUUUUACUCUCUUAGUCAUCUCUGUCUCCAUUUGUUUUCCUCCCUAUUUUCUCGAUAUUUAAUUUGGAGGGAGGUGCAUGUAUGGCAGAUAAUUUAUCUAGGUGGAAUUGGAUUUGAUUUACAUCUGCUACUUGACUUUUGCCCUUUUGGCUCCUACAUUUUUGUUUGUCUCUUGCAAUAAGUAGACAUUGUAAUUUUAGUUUAUCUGAACUAUGUGAUACAAUUGAUUAUGAGCUUUUUAAUUUUUGGAUUCUUA